GCUGGCGCGCCAUCCGCGCUGCGUCCCCGACGGCGCGCACCGCCUCCUCUUCUGCCAGCAGCUGGUGCGGUGCCUCGGCCGCUUUCGCUGCCCGGCCGAGGGUGAGGAGGGCGCCGUGGAGUUCCUGGAGCAGGCCCAGCAGGUUAGCGGGCUCCUGGCGCAGCUGUGGCGCGCGCAGCCCGCAGCCAUCCUGCCCUGCCUCAAGGAGCUGUUCGCCGUCAUCUCCUGCACAGAGGAAGAGCCACCGUCCAGCGCCUUGGCCAGUGUGGUCCAGCACCUCCCGCUGGAGCUCAUGGAUGGUGUGGUCCGGAACCUCAGCAAUGACGACAGCGUGACCGACUCCCAGAUGCUGACUGCCAUUAGCAGGAUGAUCGACUGGGUGUCCUGGCCCCUGGGGAAGAACAUUGACAAGUGGAUCAUUGCCCUGCUGAAGGGCCUGGCUGCCGUGAAGAAGUUCAGCAUCCUGAUUGAGGUUUCGCUCGCCAAAAUCGAGAAGGUUUUCUCUAAGCUGCUGUACCCCAUCGUUCGGGGGGCUGCCCUGUCUGUCCUCAAGUACAUGCUCCUGACUUUCCAGCACUCCCACGAGGCCUUCCACCUGCUUCUCCCUCACAUUCCUCCCAUGGUGGCCUCUCUGGUCAAGGAGGACUCGAACUCCGGGACCAGCUGCCUGGAGCAGCUGGCAGAGCUGGUCCACUGCAUGGUGUUUCGGUUCCCAGGCUUCCCAGACCUGUAUGAGCCUGUCAUGGAAGCCAUUAAGGACCUCCACAUUCCCAAUGAGGACCGUAUCAAGCAGCUGCUGGGGCAGGACGCCUGGACCUCACAGAAGAGCGAGCUGGCUGGCUUCUAUCCCCGGCUCAUGGCCAAGUCAGACACGGGCAAGAUUGGCUUAAUCAACCUGGGCAACACAUGCUAUGUGAACAGUGUCCUUCAGGCCUUGUUCAUGGCUUCCGACUUUCGACACUGCGUGCUCCGCCUGACUGAGAACAACUCGCAGCCCCUGAUGACCAAACUGCAGUGGCUGUUUGCCUUCCUGGAGCAUAGUCAGAGGCCAGCCAUCUCUCCCGAGAACUUCCUCUCUGCGUCCUGGACACCCUGGUUCAGCCCUGGAACCCAGCAGGACUGUUCGGAAUAUCUGAAGUACCUGCUGGAUCGGCUUCAUGAAGAGGAGAAAACCGGGACGAGGAUCUGUCAGAAGCUCAAGCAGUCCAGCUUGCCCUCCCCACCGGAAGAACUCCCUAGCUCCCAUACGACAUCUGUGGAGAAAAUGUUUGGAGGCAAGAUCGUGACUCGGAUAUGCUGUCUGCACUGCCUCAAUGUUUCCUCUCGGGAGGAGGCCUUCACAGACCUCUCUCUGGCCUUCCCUCCUCCCGAGCGAUGCCGGCACCGCCGCCUGGGCUCGGUGAUGCUCCCCACAGAGGAUGUGCGAACCCAGGAGAUGGCACUGGCCACUAGAGCCCCGGCAACACAGAGGCAGAGGAAGCACUGUGUCACAGGGGAUGCUCCCUGCACUGGGCUAGACAUAGAAGGGCUGGGCAUCAUAGGCACCGGUGGACAGAGUGGGCAGGAGGAGAAGGUGGAGAGGGAGCAGGCCGGGAAGGAGAAGGAGGCAGCAGAGGAGGAAGAAGAGGAGGAAGGAGCAAGGGAAGAGGAGAAAGAGCAGGGGGAAGAAAAGGAGAAAGAGAAAAAAGAAGACGAAAAGGAAAAGGAAGCCGAGAAUGGCAAGGAGAAGGAGGGGGACAGCUCGGGUCCAGGGACCCACAGGGAUGCCGCGGUCCCGCCCAGGGAGCAGGUAUGUGGCCCUGAGGGUUCCCGCUCUGUACUGGACCUGGUCAACUACUUCCUGUCCCCGGAGAAACUGACAGCGGAGAACCGUUACUACUGUGAGUCAUGCGCCUCCCUCCAGGAUGCGGAGAAGGUGGUGGAGCUGAGCCAGGGUCCACGCUACCUCAUCCUUACACUACUGCGCUUCUCCUUCGACCUGCGCACCAUGCGGCGCCGCAAGAUCCUGGACGAUGUCGCCAUCCCCCUCUUGCUGCGCCUGCCGCUGGCCGGGGGUCAGGGCCAGGCCUAUGACCUCUGUAGCGUGGUGGUGCACUCUGGGGUGUCCUCAGAGAGUGGCCACUACUACUGCUAUGCCCGGGAGGGCGCUGCCCGGCAGAGCCCCGUCCUGGGGUCCACGGACAGGCCUGACCCUGAGAACCAGUGGUACCUGUUCAACGACACCCGGGUGUCUUUCUCGUCCUUCGAGUCCGUCAGCAACGUCACCUCCUUUUUCCCCAAGGACACUGCCUAUGUGCUCUUCUACCGCCAGCGGCCCAGGGAGGGGCCUGAGGCCGAGCCUGGGUCUCCCCGAGUCCGAGCAGAGCCCACCCUCCACAAGGACCUGAUGGAGGCCAUCUCCAAAGACAAUGUCCUCUACCUGCAGGAGCAGGAGAAAGAGGCCCGGAGCAGAGCGGCUUAUAUCUCUACACUCCCUGCCCCUCCACACUGGGGUCGGGGCUUUGAUGAAGACAAAGAUGAAGAUGAAGGCUCUCCAGGGGGCUGCAACCCUGCAGGUGGCAAUGGUGACUUCCAUAGACUGGUCUUCUAAUGGGAACUCCCACCCAUGGGGGUGUCGCAGUCAACCUCAAGAGUGGGGCCAGGUGGGGCUCAGGGCCCCGGGCAGAGCCCUCUGCCAUCUGGGGUCUUAAGGAGCUGCGGAGGCAAGCCCAAGGUGAAGCAGGUCCUUUCGAGGGCAAGGAGGAUGGAGAGGGACUAUCUGGGAUGUCAGCCUACAGCUGAGGGUCACAGAGAAGCUGAAACCCAAAGCUCCUUAGGCAGCAUCCUAUUAAGAUGUUACGGGAGCAGCCUGGAUGAGCCCACUCUGGGCUUUGCCUCCCUGCAGGCCCAGGCAGCUCAGGAGCCAGGGUGGUGUCCGUUUGGUGUCCUGCAUCCGGAAGCCCUUCCUUCUGUUCUAGUUUCUUCACCCAGUUCUUCCUCGGUAUGAGAAAAAGCACAGCUCAAGUCAAGCCCUUGCACCAAGGAGGGGACUGUGUUCCCUCUGCCUGUCCUCUUGUUUCUUCAAGGGGGUCCCUAAAACGAGGUCUGUGGGUGCCUACACCCGCCGUGUGUUUCUGAGGCAUUAGUGGAAGGCAGCAUAGCACAGGAUUGGAGGUAAGAGUCUUACCUGCCCCCUCACCAGGCAAGCCACUGGGAGAGCCCCUCCCCUCCCCUCCACUCCCUUCCCCCGCCUCAGUGCCUGAGAUGCUGCCAGUGCAUCGCCCGGCUAGUUAAGGUCCUGAGUCCUUACCCUACUGAAGACAUUAGUCUGUCGAAAGCCAUUGUCAUUUGAGGAAGCUAGCUGGCUUGGCUCCUCUGCUAGAAUGUGUGGGCUGGGUAGGUAUGAACUGUGUGAUGCACACGACCUCACUGUGCCCUGAGACUACUAUAGCCCCUUCUCAGUGGAGAAGAAACCUGUGUUCUUAAUAGGAAUAAAACUCGCUUCUCUGAAGCCUGUUCAGGCUGCUGUUCUUCCCGCUUGAGCUGCGGCGUCUGCCAUCCCCUGGGAUGCUUGCUUGUGUCUAAGCAGUUUUGACAGAAACUUGGGCCCCCCCGAUAGGUAAGGUGAGGAUGUGCCCAUGACCUGGGGACUUUAGAUGUAGCAAGGAGGUGCUUGGUGCUAGGUCUUGGAGGCUCCAGAGCUGGCAGCCUCCUGGGGUAGAGAGAGCAAGGGUGUGGCUGGGGAUGCUUCAUGGGAUAACUUGAAGCAGACUGGUUUGCUGGGUAAACACAGAAACCCAACAAUGACUUUUCAGAUUCCGAGAAUUCUGAGCUACCUGGAAACCUCUGUCAUCACUGCCUUCCUCUGUCCCUUCUCUGAGAAGGAGGUCAUAGCCUGUGCCUGGCUAGACGAGGUGUGGGCUGAGACAAACUGGGAAGCAGGUCUCCGACACUCCAGAAUCAACAUCUCUUUUUAAAAAGAUUUUAUUUUUUUUUUUAUUGUAUGAAUGUGUGUCUGUGUACCAUGUCUGUGAGGAGGCCAGUAGAGGGCGCCAGCUCCCCUGGAACGGAAGGUACAGGUUGUUGGGAGCCACAUAAAGUGGGUGUUGGGAACCAAACGGCUGAGCCAUCUCUCCAGUCCCAAUAUCCAGCUCUUUCCCUGGGUUCCCGUCACAAUCUUGAAGCCGAAGAGGGACACUGGGCGGCUGUGAGUACAGGGAGGGUCUGGGACUGGGCUGCACCCCAUGUCCCCCUCCAUGCUACCUCGUCCUCUUAGGAACAAAGCGGCUUAGAGGUCAUGAUGGGGCUGUGACAGGGCUUUCGUGGGCUGCGGUAGAGGUUUUGGUCCAAAUGCCGGACUCCCGAGCUGUCAGGGAAACUGAUCGUCCUGCCCCUGCUUCAGCUUCUGGAGUUCUGGAUUACAGAUGUGCACAACCAUUAAUGCCAGAUGCUGGCCUGAGAAAGGAGGGUCCGUCCCUGUCCCUGGCCUGGCUCCAGGGCCUGUUUGUCAGAGGUGUGGCCGUAUGACAGCGUCAGUCCCGAGACCGCCCAGGAUGGGACAAGAGUAAGUUUCCGCGCCCUGAAGACCAUCUCCAGCAGCCCACUCUGGGUGACUCCUAAAGGACUUUAUUGUCCUGCUUCUUCUACACGAAGAAAGGGCCUGCCAGCUCCAGGCCUGUGCCACCUGUGGU